UUAUUUGUUUGUGCUAAUUUACCUGCUGGCGAUUAUACUAGACAUUCAUGGCGUUACUGGACACAUGAUACCAGGAACUUGUCCGAAAUUGGAUAGCACAAUAAAAAGUACUACGUUAAAAGGCUCUCUUCUUAGCUAUGGCAUGUACCUGGAUCUUUACAAAAUCAACGAUACAACAAUCAAUGUUUGCGAGUUCCAAAACUAUCCACCUAAAUACCUCAAACGCUCUAUAAUUAUCGCCACCGACAACAAGAACUUCGUCAUACACUGGAAAUGUAAACCCUCGACUGAUAGGAGAAAACACACAAGAGCCACAUUUAUAUUUACGCAACCAACAUUCUCCGAGCAGGUCGCCAAAUAUAUUGAUGAAACGCACGUAAGGCUCGGCCUAAAACCAGCCAAUAUUGUGAGAUUGUGUGAGAGGAAUGUAACAAUUUUUAAGGACAACAAAACUGAACCGAAAAAAGAACAAGCGCGUGGCUUUAGGCUGCAAAAAAGUGCUGGCUUACUUGAUGAAAGCCCAGCUACAUAAAAGCAACAAAUAGCACAAGAUUUUUCUAUAAACGAAACUUAACCUAAAA